AUGACCCGGUUCAGUUCCCUCCUCGCGGCAUGCCUUGUGGCGCCGCUGGCUCUUGCUAGCCCUUUUGUGUCUCAUCAAGAUGGAAAGGCGGGUGGUUCUGGAGCCCAGAUAGUCCGAAACGUACCUGAGCCUGUUGUUCACAGGGACGGGCGCCUGGUCUCGAGGGAACCUGGUGCGCCUAUGGUUAGGCGGAAUGGUCUUGUGGCGAGGACUGAUACGAGAUCUGUCAGUCUUGAACAGACACUUGAAAAUGAGCCAUUGUUCAAUAGUUCCGACAUCACCCUCUUUACCGGCCCCUCAAUUGAAGUAGUCUGCACGAGGUGCUGCUCCAAAGGAAGUGUGGAAGCGACCUUCCCUUCCGACCUCAACGACAUUGUCAACCCCAAAUUCCGAAUCGAUCUCGUGGGUGUCGAGGCCCUCGUUGAGCUGGACGUAGUUGUCUCCGCUCAAAGCAACUUUCAAGUUCCGCUACUUAAACUUCCUCCUGGGCUCGCCAACAUUGAGCUGCCUGGAUUCAAGGCUGGUCUCUUCAUCGAUCUCGUCCUCCUCUUUGAGCUCUCUGCCGAAGUUGAUCUUAGUGGUGGAUUUUAUCUCAAGAUUCCUGAUGGAUCUUUCUUUGAGAUUGAUAUCACCGCUGAAGGCCUCCACUCUGAAGAUUUCACCGGUGUCGUCUCGAAGCCUCUGCCAAUCACCAUCAACAAGAACAACACCCAAGUCGAUAUAAAAGUGGAUCUUCAACUCAAAGCCUCUCUUGGAAUCGGUGGAGGAACCGACCAAGGGGUGUCUGUCCCUGGUCUAGGCGAAGUUGGUAUCCCAUUCGUCGAUCUCCCCAACAUCGGCGCCGGAGCCGAGGUCGGCGCCUUCAUCAACAUCGUCGAGUUCAUCGGCAACGUCGCUCCCACGAACUCUUGCGCUCUGGAGGCCGUCCCCGAGAUCAACGUCAACAUCGGCACCUUCGCCCAGGUCGGCGUCUCCUUCCUGGACAAUUUCGUGGGUCUCGAACCCUCCGCCACCACGACCCUUUUCGUGCUUCCGCUGCCUACUGCGUGCAUCGUGCCGCUCGGCCAGCCGGUCCCGAUUAGGUCUUUGCCUUUGGCUACGGAACGUCAAUGCGUCGCGACCCCGGCGGCUUCAAAUGUUCUCCCCAUAGGCUCCGGUUCGUCGAGGACCUUGACUGCCGGCGAGCCCGUCACCACAAUCCAUAUUACGAGGACAUCUACUCUCCAACGUACCAUCCAUACCUACGAGGCCGAGACCCCCAAACUCGUGGGUCGCACCCUCGGAGCCGAAGGGGUUAUUACGCAGCUUACGGCUGUCGCUUGCGCCACGGCUGCCGUAGUCUGUCCCAUCGAGCUCAGGACAACCGUCACCUACGAAGCUACUGUCUGCCCGCCUGCCGCUACGCAGGCCCGUGGUUGCUUCGCGGGCAUCACGGAUGCUUCGACGUUUGUGCCUACUUCGGUGGUUAAUGCCGUCACUAGGGAGCAGCAGCAGCAGCCCACUGGCACGACUGUGACUGAUGUCAGCGAGACUGUUGCCAGCGAGACCGUCGAUCCUACCGCCGUCAUUACAACCGCGGUCCCUCCACCUCUCGGGCUCUCUACUAUCACGCGCGGGCUUGACGGUCAGCAGUCUGUCGAAGCUCCGGCCCCGCCUCUCGGUCUUUCUACUCUUACUGUUGUCCCUGGCGUCAUUCCUACUCCGGGAAAUUCGGCGCAGGCUAGUGGAACAAAUGCCGUACUUGCUCCAGCUGUCUCUAGUCCUGUCCCUCCGCUUGGUCUCUCUACCAUCACCAUUGUCCCGGCAGCGGGGAAUGCAGCUCAAGUCAGCGGGUCAAGCGCGGUGGUUCCUCCGCCUGGUUCUUCUCCUGCUCCUCCACCUGGCUCCUCCACCCUCUCUGUCAUCCCAAGCGCCAUUCCCGCGCCGGAGAGUGCGGCGGAAUUUAGCGGAUCGAGAGCGGUGUUUGCUCCUGAUGCCUCUGCUCCUGCCCCUCCUGUUGGUUUCUCCACCCUCACAGUUGUCCCUGGCGUAGUCCCCGUCGUCGAAAAUGCGGCUGCGGCUCAGGUUAGUGACACUGCUCCCGCUCCACCUCUUGGCCUCUCUACUAUUACGACGCUUGCCGGCCCCGUCCCCAGUGCGGGAGCGCAGGGCGCUGCUGCUCAGCAGUCGCCGGUUCAGGUCGCUGGUGCGCCGAGGAUGGCUGAUCUUUUUGACGUUUUCGCGGCCGACCCUCAAUCCGACGAUGAGUCCGGUUCCGAGGAAGCCCCCGUUGCGGUCGCACCGCCCACAGACAAGCGCAAGAAGCGUAGGGCCGACGGUGCGAUAAAGAACGGCAGUUCCCCACAGUCGACCCAAUCCGCGCCGACAAAAUCAUCCAGAGAUAGUGCUCCCGCCUCGGACGAGCACGACGACAAGCGACGCAAGAAGGAAGAUGAGAAGCCCGUCCUGACAGAUACAUUCGAGACGGCAGCAUCUCGCGAGGUCGCUGCGGCCGAGUCCUUGGUCACGACCGAGACCGAAGAGGGCUCCCUCGUUCUUUCCCACAAUAUCCAGCAUCAGGUUGCCCUACCGCCGGACCUCGACUACGAGUACGUGCCGCUAUCCGAACACAAACCCCCGGCCGAGCCCGCGAGGACGUGGAAUUUCAAGCUCGAUCCUUUCCAGAGUCUUGCGGUGGCGUCAAUCGAGCGGGAUGAGAGCGUGUUGGUUUCGGCGCAUACGUCGGCUGGAAAGACGGUUGUUGCGGAGUAUGCUAUUGCGCAGUGCUUGAAGCGGAAUCAGCGAGUCAUCUACACGAGUCCGAUCAAGGCCCUCAGUAACCAAAAGUAUCGAGAUUUUGAUGCCAUCUUCGGCGACGUAGGCUUGAUGACGGGUGAUAUCACGAUUAACCCUACGGCUUCGUGUCUGGUAAUGACGACGGAGAUUUUGCGGUCUAUGUUGUACAGAGGUUCCGAGAUUAUGCGCGAGGUUGCCUGGGUCGUUUUCGAUGAGGUGCAUUAUCUUCGCGAGAAGACGAGAGGUGUCGUGUGGGAGGAGACCAUCAUCUUGCUCCCCGACAAGGUCCGCUACGUCUUCCUCUCCGCCACCAUUCCCAACGCUUUCCAAUUCGCCGAGUGGAUAGCCAAGAUCCACCACCAGGCCUGUCACGUCGUAUAUACCGACUUCCGACCUACACCCCUGCAAAACUACUUCUUCCCUGCCGGCCAUGACGGAAUAUAUCUCGUCGUGGACGAAAAGAGGAAUUUCAAGGAGCAAAACUUCAAUAAGGCCAUGGCGCUGGUCGAGCAGAAGAAGAAGGAGAGCGAAGAGCGGCCCGGUGGCGGCGGCGGCGGCGGCAAGGGUAAGAACAAGGGUAGGAAGGGACGCAACGAGGUGGCCGAUAGCAAGUCAGACAUCAGCAAGGUCAUCAAGAUGAUUAUUCGCAAGAAGUUCGACCCCGUCAUUGUCUUCAGCUUCAGCAAGCGAGAAUGCGAGAGCCUUGCCCUCUCGAUAUCCAACAUUUGUUUCAAUAACGACUCGGAGAAGAAGAUGGUGCAGCGCGUCUUCUCCAAUGCCGUCAUGAGCUUGGCCGAGGCCGAUCGCGAUCUUCCGCAGAUUGCCAACCUUCUCCCCCUUCUGGAGCGAGGCAUUGGCGUGCAUCACUCUGGCUUGCUUCCUAUUUUGAAGGAGACCAUUGAAAUUCUCUUCCAGGAGUCCCUCGUCAAGGUUCUCUUCGCAACUGAGACGUUCUCUAUCGGUCUAAACAUGCCUGCCAAGACCGUCGUGUUCACGCAAGUCACAAAGUGGGAUGGUAUUAAGAGACGCCCUCUCACCCCCGGCGAGUAUGUCCAGAUGUCUGGCCGUGCUGGUCGUCGUGGUCUUGAUGCUCGAGGUAUUGUGAUUAUGAUGAUUGAUGAGUCUAUGGAGCCGGAGGUCGCCAAGGAGAUUGUCGUGGGAGAACAGGAGAGGCUAAACUCUGCCUUCUACCUCGGCUACAACAUGGUGCUGAACCUUCUGCGUAUCGAGGCCGUUUCGCCAGAGUACAUGCUGGAGCGUUGUUUCUUCCAGUUCCAGAACGCUGCUAGUGUGCCCGCCCUGGAGAAGGAGCUCAUGUCGCUGCAGCUCGACCGCGACGGAUUGAUGAUCCCCGACGAGUCGACCAUGAAAGAAUACUACAACCUGCGAAAGCAGAUCAACUCGUAUACCCAAGACAUGCGAGCCGUCAUCCAGCAUCCCGCGCACUGUUGGGAAUUCUUACAGCCCGGCCGCCUUGUGCGCAUUUACGACCCUAAAUUUACGGGAGACGAGGGUGACGUUCUCGAGACGCGCGAUUUCGGCUGGGGUAUUGUUGUCAACUCCAUGGAUCGUCGCCGUAAUAAGAUUGGCGGCAACGACGAUUACCCGCCUCAGGAGUCCAAGAUGAUAGACGUUCUUAUGAAUGUGCCCGCCGAUACGGACACCAACUUUGUUUUCCCCAGCGGCGACUUGGCCCUACCUAAGGGGAUCAGCCCUGAGCGUCCUGGAGAGAAGACACGGUUCGAGCGAAUUCCCUGCCUCCUCACCUGCAUUCAGUCGAUUAGCCAGAUCCGGCUUUUCAUGCCCAAGAACAUCGACUCGCCUAGUGAGCGAGCCAACCUCCGGAAAGCACUCAGCGAAGUGCAGCGAAGGUUCCCCGACGGAGUGCCGAUCCUCGACCCGCUCGAGAACAUGGACAUCACCGACGACUCCUUCAAGCAGCUCCUCCGCAAGAUCGAAGUUCUCGAGUCCCGUCUCCUAGCGAACCCCCUCCACGGCUCGCCCGAGCUACCCAAGCUCUGGGAGCUCUACCGCCGCAAGCUCAAGCUCACGGACAAGAUCAAGGAGACGAAGAUGUCCAUCGCCAAAGCCCACAGCAUCGUGCAAAUGGAAGAGCUCAAGUCCCGCAAGCGCGUCCUCCGCCGCCUCGGCUUCAUCAAUGAGGCCGAGGUCGUGCAGCUCAAGGCGCGCGUCGCCUGCGAGAUCUCGUCGACCGAGGGCCACGAGUUGCUCCUCUCGGAGCUCCUCUUCGAGCGCUUCUUCAACGAGAUGACGCCCGAGAUGUGCGCGUCCGUGCUCAGCUGCUUCGUCUUCGACGAGAAGGUCAACGCACCGGCGCUCAGGGAGGCCCUGGCGAAGCCGUACGCGGAGAUUGUGGCCAAGGCGAGGAUCAUUGCGAGGGUGAGCCAGGAGAGUAAGCUUGAUAUGGACGAAGAAGCGUAUGUGGAGAAGCUGAAGUGGCAGUUGAUGGAGCUUGUUUAUGCGUGGGCUGAGGGUCGUCCGUUUGCGGAGAUUUGCAAAAUGGCGGACGUCUACGAGGGCUCCAUUAUCCGCCAUUUCCGCCGCCUCGAGGAAUUGCUUCGCCAAAUGGCCCAGGCCGGCAAGGUAAUGGGCAGCGAGGAGCUGACUCAAAAGUUUGAAGAGAGUCUGAACAAGAUCAGGCGCGACAUUGUCGCUGCCCAGAGCUUGUAUCUGUAA